AUGAAUGGAGUCCUGCGAGAGGAUGGGGUUGAAAGAAAUCUGAAUAGAUGUCAAAAAAAUUUUCAUCAUCGCUUAACGAAACGAGAAUUGCAACAAAUUUUCGCCGUAUCUAAUCACAACGACGUGCCAGAAUACGCGCUGAUCGAUGUUAGCAGGAAGGAAUUCAGUGAUGGUACCGUGCAUUUAUUAUUCAAUGCUUGGGAUCAGAAAUUUCACGUCGAUCUCAAGCGUAACCUCAAACUACUCAGUCCUCAUUUGAUCUCGGUGGUGCGUGACGGCAGCAGAAGUUCCAGAAGUCAGGGAUUACCGGCACAUCUGAAAGCAGAUUGUCACUUCCAUGGAAAAGUAUUAUCACACGAUAACGUUUCAGCCGCCAUAUCCUAUUGCGACUAUUUGACUGGUACCAUUGUGAUGGACAAUCAUUUUCUCUUAUUACAAACAGUUCCGCAACGUCUCAGACAUCUACACCAGGUCAAGCAACAUCAUAUCAUAUAUAAACGUGAAGUGGACCCGUCUUCUAACUUGGAUGAUGCGCCAGAAGGACAGCUACCAAAGCUCAAUGAUGAGUCGAACGAGAAGGAAUUUUGUGACGUUAGUAAGUCGUUUGAUGAUGCAAUUGGCAUGUUCAAUAAGGCUACUGCUGCUGCAGGCACAGCUAUUGCAGAUCCGCUUAAAAUUUGUCAACAAAAGCCAGCCGAAAAAUACUUGAUAAGUACAAUUUUAAGCGCUGAAGUUAAACUGCAUGAAUGUUCCGAAGGACCAACAUUCAACUAUACAAUACCUGUAGAAGGUAAUCUCGAUUCCCUUUUCAUCUUCCCACAACUUGAUCCAGUAACCUUAGAAAUUGGACUUUUUCUGGAUUCCAAGCUUUAUGAGCAUUUUCAACGUGAAUUCAUUGAUGAUCCCGAACAACAUUUGGUGGAUUUCUCUCUUGCUUUGAUCAAUAAUGUUCAUGUUCUUUACCAACAGUCAUCGAUGACUCCAAACUUGGAUAUUGUCAUCGUACGAUUUGAACUGUGGAAAAAACAACCGACAGGACUUGAUACGUUAGCACAUCGGAAUGGACAAGCACAGACAUUACUGAAUCUGUUUUGUCGCCAUCAAGCUACCCUUAAUCCGGGAACUGAUCUAACUGAUCCAGAGCACUGGGAUCACGGCAUUCUCCUUACUGGGUAUGACAUCUAUCAUACAACGACUUCGGUUGCUGGCGUUGCACCUGUCGCACGAAUGUGCGAUCAAAUAUUUGCAUGCAGUUUGGUGGAAGGAAUGCAUCUUGGCCGAUCAUUUGUCUUGGCUCAUGAAAUGGGGCAUAACAUGGGUAUGGUCCACGAUGGGAUUCAGAAUCAAUGCGGCCGAAGUUGUUGUCUAAUGUCAGCAGUGAAUGGAGCUGGCAAAACUACUUGGAGUGAAUGUUCAGUGCGUGAAUUCAAUGCAUUCUUACUGCAGUUAGAUGAAAGUGGUCAUGGUAACUGCCUGCGUGAUGGAUCAGAAGGACUCUUAAUUUAUAAUCAUAUGAAGGAUAGCCGUUUACCUGGACAGCGCUUCACGGCUGAUCAACAGUGUUCUUAUUUUUGGGGCAGAGGCUUUGAAGUCGAAAUACCCAGGGGAAAGAAAAUGGAUGACAUUUGCCGCAUAUUAUGGUGUGGAAAUAAUGGUUCGACGAUAUCAACAGCUCAUCCAGCACUAGAGGGAAGUUGGUGUGGCGGUAGCAAGUUCUGCAUUGAAGGACAAUGUCAACAGUGGCCACAACGAACAGCUCCAGCCAAAGUGAAUGGUGGAUGGACUGAAUGGAGUGGUAAGGAAAGGCGAUGUCCGAUCAGUCAGUGCCAAAUAACGGGCAGUAUUCAAAUUAAGAGUCAGAUGAGAACGUGCACCAAACCUUCGCCUAAUAAUGGUGGUAGAAAAUGUAUAGGCUCUAAUGUGCGUGGCCUAAUUUGUGGCGAUGUAAACUCAAGUUGCAAAGCGAUGACACUGUUAGAAUAUGGCACUAAGGUAUGUACAGCAAUAAAAAACGACCAUGAAAAGCCGGACCGGCAACUUACCGGUGCUACAUUUUUUCACAGUACACAACCGUGCAAGGUCUGGUGUCACUUGACUGAUUCGGAACUAAUCCGAAACAAAGGCCAGUACCCGGAUGGCUCCCCUUGCGGGGCUGGACAAUUCUGCGUUGGAGGACAGUGCCUGACACUGAUGUGUAAUAACAAAGCUGUAGUGCAAAGCAGGAAAGACUGUCCUGCAAUUCUCGGUAGUGACAGUGAGGAAUGGACUGGAUGGAGCGAGUGGUCCGAAUGCUCAAUUUUUUGUGAUUCUGGCGGAAAACAACAGCGGAAACGAAUCUGUCAGUCGCAGAAAUGUAUAGGUGAAUCAAUGGAUUCCCGAUCAUGUUUUCCCAAAAUAUCGUCCUGUCGGGAGUCCGAGAAGCAAAAAAGAUGCAAUGCGAGCUGUGGCGACAAGAUGCAAGACAGAACGCAAAUUUGCAUGAAAGGGCAAAACUGUCCCAGUGCUGUUAAACCAGGACGCCAGUGCAGCAAGGUUAGCUGUGUCGCUUGGCACGAGUGGGAAUUAUGGUCGGCAUGUAGCACGACCUGUGGUAGCGGACAAAGGAGCAGGAAGCGCCAGUGUAGUCAGAUGAAUGGAUGUGAAGGCGAAGGUAUCCAAAUUGAGCCAUGUGAAACUAAGAAAUGUCUGCUGGAAAUAUGGGGUGACUGGUUGCCUUGCUCGGCAUCAUGCGGACUGGGUUUCCAGUUACGUGAGCGUUUGUGUGAUGGAUCGCUCUGUGCUAGUGGACAAAAGCAGGCUAGGACUUGUAAUGAAAAAGACUGUAAUAAUGGUGGAACACUGUUGCAACUGUGGAGUGAUUGGUCUGAUUGGCUGCCCUGUUCUGCUUCCUGUGGUGAAGGUAUACAAAUCAGAGUCCGGAAAUGUAUUGCUGGAAAUUGUCCAAAAUUGGAUUCAGUAAUUGACCAGCGACGCUGUGUUUUACGUCCGUGUCCGGAAUGGACUUCAUGGAGUGACUGGAGUGAUUGUUUGACGUGUGAGCGUAAAGAAGUACGACAUCGUGAACGACAUUGCCGAAUAGGUCUCAUACAAGCUGAUGCUGAAGGACACGAAUGUCCUGGCGGAGCGAAAGAAAUAGGAACUUGUGACAUUUCGUGUGAAAUAUCGACCUUUACGAGUGACAAGAAAUCGCGUCGUAAAGUUAAUACAUCAGAUCGUAUCGUUGAAGUAAUUAAUUCGGAAUUAAAAGUGCUGGCUAUAUGGGAGCAGUGGCAAGAGUGGCAACCCUGUUCGCGUACCUGUGGUGCAGGUACUCGCAUAAGGAAGGGUAUUUGUCAAAGUGGUAUUAACUGCACGAAAGGAGAACCAAUUUUAGAUAUUCAACUAUGCAACGGCAAUUCCUGUGGUACUUCUGGUGAAUUAUCCUAG